AUAAAUAACUGCAGUAACCUUCAUUUUCAAUUCAAGCACACACCUAAAAUCAAAGCCAAAAAAAAGGCCAUGGACUGGUAUUCUUGGCUAUGCAAAACAGGGCUAGAGCCCUCUCUAGUUUAUGAAUAUGGCCUAGCUUUUGCUCACAACGAGCUCGAAUACGAAGACAUCACUUACUUCAACCACGAAUUUCUACAAAGCAUAGGCAUUUCUAUAGGCAAACACAGGCUAGAAAUUCUUAAACUUGCCAAGAAAGAAAGAGGAGCUAUUCCAAAUUCUAUGUCAAGAUUUCUCCAACUGAUUAACCGUACAAAGAGGCGUUUUUCCAAGUAUAUAAGGAAUUUGGGUCAUAAAGAGGAAUUAGCUCUUGCUUUAGUCCCAAAAAGAAAUUGCAGUUCAAGAUGGAAAACUGCUAUGUUGAAGAGGAACAAGAGAGUGGCUGCAGCUAAACAAACAACGUUGUUGCUAACAAAUGGGAGUCCCAUUUUCAUGUCUGAUUUAAGAAUGAACAGUUUUUCAAGUCCGAUGUUGUAUGAUGAUUUCCCUGCUGAUGAAAAGGUGGGGGCAGAUUAUUGGACAUCCUCUGCAGUUGAAGAGAUCAGGUGGGAUGCAAUGUUUCAGAAUAUGAAACCAACUUAAUUACUCCAAUUUUUUUAUUGUAAUUUUAAUGGUGAAAGAUGGAUUUUUUGGGUUCUUCCACCAAUUUCCUUUACUUUGUUGGGAUUUCUGUAAUAUGGAGUUUGGGUGAUUUUAGUUAGGAAGUUUGCUUAGUAAUUUUAUCUUUGUGGUGUGCAGAAGGAGAAAGCCACCCAUGAAUGAUUAGUGUGUGUGUGUGUGUAUCAAUGAUAUUAUUUCUAUGAUUUUACAUGUUUA